GCAUUUGGUAGAAGCACGAGUAACACAAAAUAUCCAUUUGCGGUUUUUAAUGAACAACUGGAAUGGCUAAUAAUAGAUUUAUGUUCAACGUCCAAGGGGCACCCUUGCAACCUGACCAAGAUCCAGUAACGCAAGAACAUUCAGACAGAUCAGGAAUGUUUCAGAGUCUUUCACAAAUGCCACAAUGUCGGCCUAUGAUGUGGCAUGUGCAAAGACAACCACCACCUGGCUUUGUGGGCAGAGGACCACCAUUGGAGCGACCACCUGAUUUUGCUCCACCCUGCAACUGGCCGCCACCACCCAUGAGGCCAAUGGCUCCAUUUAAUCCUGUACCAGGUUUCUGGCCUCCAGGUAUUCAAACGAACUACGGACCAGUCCCGCCAAAGAACUUCGCUGUACCUCCUGUGAUGACUCAACAAGCUUUCACGGGUGCAAAUUUUGACAAUAAUCAAGGCAUCGUCGAUGUUAACUAUGCACCCUUACGAUGUCAGCCUGGAACAUAUGAACAAGAUCCAAGAUCGCAAUCAGAGCGAGUGUGGCGGGCAGAGGAGGAGAGAAGCUAUGAUAACCAAGGACGUGACAGCAGGAGAGACCGAUCACCGAGGUCCCCGACCGAGACACGAUUUGAAGAUAGGGAUCGUGGUCGGCGGCCCAGGGAGGACCCCGACCGUAGGCGGACGGGCAGAGAUGAAGGUGGCUAUGCGAGCCGUUCGCACGGUCUCCCCCGGAGCACCCCGCAGGAGUCGUCUCGAGAUUCUUCCAGUGACCGUAGGAGCAGCCCGGGCAUGCGGCGGCGGGAGGCGCGCCGCGACCCCGCCCGCUGCUCCUCCUCUUCCUCCUCCUCCGUGCGCGGGAACAGGCGUCGAUCGCGCACUCCACCUCCGGCGCGCGAGCGACGCACCCCCGACGCGCGGAAGCAGCUUGCCGACGCCCCGCCGCAGGCGUCGGGCUCGGACGAGGAGUCGGAGACGUGGCGGCGACAGAAGACGGGCGAGGCGGCUGCGGGGGAGGCGGAGGCGACGGCGACGGCAACGGCAACGGCGACGGUGGUGGGCGUGGCGGACGUGCGCACUCGGCUCGAGGAUGAGGAUGAGCUGAUGUACGAGGAGUACUGGCGUCUGCACGACAUGAUGACUCAGCGCGAGCACGUGCCGCCGCACGACGAGGCCACCUGGCAACGCUGCUCACCCGCCGACCUGUUCUUCAAGCGCAGCAAGGAGCAACCUCGGGUAACAGUUGCCAGCAAGAGACUGCAAGAGCUUUACAGGAAGUUUGAGGCAGAUCUAGUGCUGAGAGCCGAGAGGGUGCGGACAUCGAAACCUUUGUACGAUCCUCUAGCAAAAAGCAUGGCCGCGCCCCAGCACAAUUCUGAGCGGACGUGUUGUGGUAAAUAUGCCAAGUCAAGCUCAAGCUCGUCAUCAUCGUCGUCGUCGUCAUCGAUGUCGGACAGUGAGGAUGAGGUGGAUGAACUGACCACUUCUUGGCAGGAGUUGGAACAUAAGAAGAAGCACCCACACCGACUGCAUCAGGAGCUGUGGUUCAACGACCCUGGAGAGAUGAAUGAUGGGCCGGUGUGUCGCUGUAGCUUGAAGUCGAGAAAGACUGGGAUCCGACAUGGAAUAUAUCCAGGGGAGGAGCCUGUGACAGCCUGCGACCCAGAAACGAACAAUGGUGAUCGUUUGUAUCACUACAGGAUCACUGUGUCCCCGCAUACAAACUUUCUCACGAAAAGCCCCACGGUCAUAACACACGACGACCAUGAAUAUAUGUUUGAGGGCUUCUCACUCUUCUCACACUAUAAGUUUGAACAGAUUCCCGCAUGCAAGUUGAUGCGUUUUAACAUCGAGUACACGAUCCAUUGGUUCGAGGAGAGCGUACCGGAGAACUACACAGUCGCUGGCCUCGACCUCUUCACCGACUACCUGUUUCGCGAGGUGCUCGAGCUGCUAGACUGGGAACUCAUUGGGCAGCCUACCGAGGGCCGGUGCCGCCCAUUCCACCUCAUGCCCAGAUUCGUGCGAGGGCUGGAAGAUAAUGGAAAAGAAAUUCUUUCGAUGAACGAAGUUCUUCAGUAUCUGCUGAAGAGCUCACGCCCUCUAGUGGAAGAAACGGAAUUAGCAUCACUGUUGAAAAUCUCACAGUGUGACUGGCAAAACUUUGCAGAUGAAACUAAAGGCAUGAUUGUUACAUAUCCUGGCAUGAAGCCAUGUUCAUUACGGAUUGACCAACUGGAUAGGGAUCAGAUUCGUGAUGAUGUCAUCAGCUAUCCACAGAUUGUGCAUUUUGGCAUCCGUCCAGCUCAGAUCAGCUAUGCCGGCGAUCCCAAGUACCAGAAGGCAUGGAAAUACUAUGUAAAAUUUCGUCAUUUGUUGGCUAACAAGCCUAAAGUUACACCGCAGGACAAGCAGAAAUUACACAGCCAAGAGAUGUACUUACAGGAGCUGAGAACAAAGAGCAGUCUGAAACGCGAUGUGACUGUUGCUGUGAGCAGUCAAGGCUUCUACCGGACAGGCCUCAAGUCCGAUAUUGUGCUUCAUGCCAUGCUGCUACCGGUCUUGGUGUGUCACCUGCGCUUUCACAGAUCACUGAGAGAGCUGGAGAAGACAAUCCAAUACUCAUUUAAGAACAAACUACUUCUCCAGCUUGCUUUGACGCAUCCAUCCUACAGAGUGAAUUUCGGCACUAACCCUGACCACGCUCGUAAUUCUCUCACGAACUGUGGCAUACGCACGCCGGAGUAUGGGGACAAGAGACUUCACGAUGCCACACAUCGAAAAAGGGGCAUCAACACGCUCAUCCGAAUCAUGUCACGCAUGGGUCACAAGGAGGAGACGAUGUCAGCAAUCAACCACAACGAGAGACUGGAAUACCUGGGCGAUGCCGUCGUUGAAUUUCUGACUAGCAUACACUUGUACUUCAUGUUUCCGGACCUGGAGGAGGGAGGCUUGGCCACCUACCGUGCGGCGCUAGUACAGAACCAGCACCUUGCCGUGCUUGCAAAAAAACUCCACCUGGACGAGUUCAUGCUCUACGCACACGGCCCAGACCUGUGCCAUGAAUCAGAUCUGAGACAUGCGAUGGCAAACUGCUUUGAAGCUCUCAUGGGGGCGUUGCUCAUCGAUGACGGCGGCGUCGACACGGCCGACACGGUGUUCGCGCGAACGCUGCACGACCACGAUUCACAGCUGCUGGACGUCUGGUGCAAUGUGAGUCCACACCCGCUGCAGCAGCAGGAGCCGGGCGGCGACCGACACUGGAUCAAAUCCGUCUGCGCUCUGCAGAAGUACACCGAGUUUGAGGAAACGAUCGGCGUUACAUUCAACCACAUCCGCCUGCUGGCGAGGUCGUUCACGAUGCGUAGCAUUGGCUUCAACAACCUCACUAUGGGUCACAACCAGCGCAUGGAGUUCCUAGGUGACACGGUGCUGCAGCUGGUUGCGUCGGAGUACCUGUACAAGCACUUCCCGCGCCACCACGAGGGUCACCUGUCACUGCUGCGCAGUUCACUAGUCAACAACCGCACACAGGCGACUGUCUGCGAUGACCUCGGCAUGACCUGCUACGUGAUCGGCACCAAUCCGAAGAGCGAGCUGAAGACGAAGGAUAGGGCCGACCUCCUGGAGGCAUUUCUCGGCGCGCUCUAUGUUGACAAGGGUCUCGAGUACUGCGAAAAGUUCUGCCAGGUGUGCUUCUUCCCGCGCCUGCGCGACUUCAUCAUGAGACAGGAUUGGAACGACCCCAAGUCGCAGCUGCAGCAGUGCUGCCUCACCCUGCGUACGCUGGAUGGUGGUGAGCCGGACAUACCCAUAUACAAGGUGAUCGAGGCCGUCGGGCCGACGAACACGCGCACGUACACGGUCGCCGUUUACUUCCGCGGCCAGCGGCUCGGCAAGGGCGUCGGCCACAGCAUCCAGCGAGCCGAGAUGAACGCGGCGAACAACGCGCUGCUCGAGUGCGGCAGCCUCUUCCCGCAGCUCUCCUUCCAGCGGCGCGUCAUCGAGCGCAAGUACGGCCGCGAGGUGGCGGGCGAGGCGCGCGGCGAAGGCGACACAGCUGCCGGCAACGACGCGGGGCGCCGGCGGCGCGGCAAGACGAGCGAUGUGCCGCGUCCGCAGGGGAGGGAGGAGGGACGGAGUCGGGAUGAGGCACCCAGAAAAGGUGAGGGGAGGGACGGAGGAAGAGGGUGCAGGGAUGGGGUGCAGAGGAUGAGCGAGGGGAGAGCGGUGGGUAAGAGCCGGGAAAGGGCGCUAAAGACGGGCGAGGCAAGGGACGGGGGGAGGAGUCGGGAUGGAGGGGCAUGGGCAGGCGACAGGAGGGAGAGAAGACGAGAUGCGGGGGAGGGGAGAGAUGUGGGACGUGGCAUGGACGAGGGGCGAGAGGGGAAACAUAGCCGGGACACUGCGUUGUGGGCAGGCGAGAGAAAGGAGAGGAGACGUAACAUCGGUGAUGGGAGAGAAGGAGGUCGUAGCUCAGCCGAGGGUAGAGAAGUGGGGCGUAGAAGCAGCGCGAGGAAGGAGGAGGAAUGUGGGUGAGACACCGCAUAGCGGGCACAUGAUGAGGAUGGAAGAGGAAUGGAUGCCGAGGAGAGAAUGCAAGCCGCGGCACAUGGUAAUGGAACUUAUGCCAAACAGUGACAUUCUGCAGACAGAUCCGGCGAGCAUUGCUGUGGGGGCGCCACGAGUAUGCAUUGCUGCAGAAGCCCUACUAUUACUAGUCGGGAAGGUGACGCCAGUGGUUUGAAUCGCGCAAGUGGCUCCAGCCAACACUCCAUCGCAUCGCAGAUUGCUUGGAGAGAGACGCAAAAGAAAGUAGACUCACUUUCGUAAGCAGUGAUGGCUACCCGAAGUACCGAGAACGCUGUUCCCCGAGAUGAACCGGAAAUUUAGCGCUCAGCAAGCGCAGCAUGGUUUCGUUGUGAGGGUUUCACGCAGGUGGAACAUUGCAUUCCUCGAGCUCACACCCGUCGGCUGCUAAACUAAUUGUGGUUUUGCCCUGGUGCGGCCUGUCCUGGACGCAGUUCGCCUUGUGUGGCACGUCCGUCACAUUGGCUUCCUGUGAAUCAGGGCAUUCAGAGGGUGCACAACAUCAGGACCAGCUGUGCGGCAGACCCUCGGAACUGCUCUACCUGCCUCUGCGCGUGUGAGAGGUAGCACUGUAUCGCUUGCGUCUGUCAAUUUACAAUGUGAUGUAUAGUACUUGUGUAGUCGGUAAAUAAAUUGUGUAUGGGCAAUAUUUUAUUUUA